AUGGAGGACGCCAGUUCACGACUACUGCUGAAGAAGGCAGCCAUGGCUGUGCAGUCAGAAGCAGAGCGAAGGAGUUCACGACUACUGCUGAAGAAGGCAGCCAUGGCUGUGCAGUCAGAAGCAGAGCGAAGGAGAUCACGACUACUGCUGAAGAAGGCAGCCAUGGCUGUGCAGUCAGAAGCAUAUCGAAGGAGUUCACGACUACUGCUGAAGAAGGCAGCCAUGGCUGUGCAGUCAGAAGCAGAGCGAAGGAGUUCACGACUACUGCUGAAGAAGGCAGCCACGGCUGUGCAGUCUGAAGCGCAGCGGAGGAGUUCACGACUACUGCUGAAGAAGGCAGCAAUGGCUGUGCAGUCAGAAGCAGAGCGAAGGAGUUCACGACUACUGCUGAAGAAGGCAGCCAUGGCUGUGCAGUCAGAAGCAGAGCGAAGGAGUUCACGACUACUGCUGAAGAAGGCAGCCAUGGCUGUGCAGUCAGAAGCAGAGCGAAGGAGUUCACGACUACUGCUGAAGAAGGCAGCCACGGCUGUGCAGUCUGAAGCGCAGCGGAGGAGAUCACGACUACUGCUGAAGAAGGCAGCCACGGCUGUGCAGUCUGAAGCGCAGCGGAGGAGAUCACGACUACUGCUGAAGAAGGCAGCCACGGCUGUGCAGUCAGAAGCGCAGCGAAGGAGAUCACGACUACUGCUGAAGAAGGCAGCCACGGCUGUGCAGUCUGAAGCGCAGCGGAGGAGAUCACGACUACUGCUGAAGAAGGCAGCCAUGGCUGCGCAGUCAGAAGCGCAGCGAAGACAGUGUGUUUCAAAGAAGUCUCAACAAUUAGUAGAACAGCUGAUACUUCAGGCACCCUCGAUGUAUCAGGAGAAAGCACAGCAGACAUCGGAACAGCAGCUGCAGCAGAAGUUCCAGCAAGCGAUGGUACUGCAGCUGGGUCGCCAGGCACCCUUGAUGGAUCAGGAAAAGACACUGCAGAUGUUUGAACUACAACAGUUGCAGAAGUUCCAGUAG